AUGAGGGCAGAGUUUGAAGCCGAUGAAGAGUUUGAUGAACUCUGUUUUGAGUUUGGUCUGGAGCUUGAUGAAAUUACUUCUGAAAAAGACAUAAUAAGCAAAGAACAAGGUGGUGGAAAGGCAGAAGGUGCAUCAGAUGUAAUUCUUUACAAAAUUGAUGUUCCUGCUAACCGAUAUGACCUUCUUUGUCUGGAAGGAUUGGUCCGAGGGCUUCAGGUCUUUAAAGAGAGGAUAAAGGCCCCUAGAUACAAAAAAGUCAUACCACCUAAUGGUGAAAUUCAGAGGCUGCUCAUCACUGAAGAGACUUCCCAAGUCCGUCCUCAUGCUGUAGCUGCAGUCCUCCGUAAUAUCACUUUUACCAAGGAUCGCUAUGACAGUUUCAUUGACCUCCAAGAAAAACUGCACCAGAAUAUUUGCAGGAAGAGAGCACUGGUAGCAAUUGGUACCCAUGACUUGGACACAAUCUCUGGUCCAUUUACUUACACAGCUAGACCUCCUUCAGAAAUUAAAUUUAAACCUCUGAAUCAGUCCAAGGAGUAUACAGCUUCUGAAAUUCUUGAUCUGUAUAGGACUGACAGCCACCUUAAGCAGUAUUUACAUAUAAUUGAAAACAAACCAAUUUAUCCAGUCAUUUAUGACAGCAAUGGCAUUGUUCUUUCCAUGCCACCAGUCAUCAAUGGAGACCACUCAAAAAUAAACCUAAAUACCAGAAAUGUAUUUAUUGAAUGCACAGCCACUGAUAUUACAAAGGCAAAAAUUGUCCUUGAUAUCCUAGUAACAAUGUUUAGUGAAUAUUGUGAGAAGCAAUUCAGUGUGGAAGCCACAGAAGUAAUUUAUCCUUAUGGAAAAACCUGCAUCUAUCCAGAAUUGGCUUACCGAAAAGAAAAGGUGAAACCAGAUUUAAUCAACAAGAAAAUAGGAAUCAGUGAAACUCCAUCAAACCUUGCAAAGCUGUUGACCAGGAUGUGUUUGAAGUCGCGUGUUACAGGGAAUGGGAACAAUAUAGAGAUUGAAAUCCCUCCUACAAGAGCAGACAUUAUCCAUGCAUGUGAUAUCAUAGAAGAUGCAGCAAUAGCUUAUGGUUAUAACAACAUUCAGAUGACUAUCCCGAAAACGUACACCAUAGCUAAUCAAUUUCCUCUCAAUAAGCUCACGGAACUUCUGAGACAAGACUUGGCAGCUGCUGGAUUUACUGAAGCACUCACUUUUGCCCUGUGCUCCCAAGAAGACAUUGCUGAUAAACUUGGUAUGGAUAUCUCUGCAACAAAAGCAGUGCACAUAGCUAAUCCCAAAACAGCAGAAUUUCAGGUGGCACGCACCAGCCUCCUGCCUGGCCUCCUAAAGACCAUUGCUGCUAACAGGAAGAUGCCUUUGCCUUUGAAACUCUUUGAAAUCUCUGACAUUGUAGUUAAAGAUUCUUCCAAAGAUGUAGGUGCCAGGAACUACAGGCAUCUCUGUGCUGUUUAUUACAAUAAGAACCCUGGGUUUGAAGUUAUCCAUGGGUUCCUGGACAGAGUAAUGCAGCUGCUGGAUGUGCCACCAAACAAAGAGAAUGGGUACUUAAUCAAGGCAACUGAAGGCUUUGCUUUCUUCCCUGGCCGCUGUGCUGAGAUCUUUGCCAAAGGUCAAAGUAUUGGAAGGCUCGGAGUCCUACACCCUGAUGUUAUCACCAAAUUUGAGCUCACCAUGCCAUGCUCUGCCCUGGAGAUCAAUAUUGAGCCCUUCUUAUGAGGACAGGACUGUAAUCCCUCCUCCAGAUACUCACUUUUACAGACAGUGCUGCCCUUUAGUCCGUCUCUGCAGGGAACAUCCACUUGCGCUUUAACAUUUUAAUGAAACUAGAAAAACACCGUCUGGCUCCAUGGGUAAAUAUGGUCUUCACCUUACAAUUAGGCUAUGCCUUCUGCAAUGCAAGAAUGUAAGCUAUAGGACUACACUUUGCCAUCAGUGUGUUUUUUUGAGAGAGAGAAAGUUGGGUAAGAGCCCAGUGUUUUACAAGAGAAAUGUAAUGGCAAGGUACACCAUUAGUUUCCAGAAUCAGAAAUGUUCCACAGGCAGAACUUCGUCCUGUAACUGAUUAUGGCUGCAGAACAGGAAUCUCAUUCUUUUCUUAUUCCAUGAAAUAAGAUAAUUGAUUAGUGCAAAUAUUGAAUGAAUGUGAGCAGAACUAAGGAGCUGAGCUUUUAUUCUGUAUGGUUGUCAUGUGCUCAUCAGUGGUUGGGGGAGGGAAAUAAACUCAUUUCAUGAAAACCAGA